AUGGCAGCGAAUCAAGACAGCGGCGCUCAUGCAACGCUACCCUUCCGCGAAGCGUGGACUAGCGUGGACACUGAAAUCGGAUCUUGUAAGACUCGAGAGCCGGGGCGUAACGUAACCGGAUUUGACUCCGACAAGAGUCUUUGGGCAUAUCUGGAUGGCAACGCAGUACAAUCCACACAGACACAAAAAGCCCGGCUGCUUGCAACUCAAUGGAAUCGCCUUGACCAAAAUAUGGUGCCUGUCGCCAUCGGCAAAGCGCUCAAAAGAAAUAUCUCAGCGAAAGCGAAGCAUCUUGAAGCUGAAGGAGGCCGCCGCACGUACUUUCUGGGACAAGACGAUUUACAUCUGUCCUGCUAUUUCUAUGGUUUCAACGUUGUCGUCACCAAAUCAUCGGUGCCUUUCAAUUGUGGGCCCCCCGCAUCCAACCCGCAUCUGCAGGCAUCCGCCAGUAUCAAGCGGUGA